AUGGAAGACGACGAUGACUACGUGGAGUACGUUCCAGUAGCGAAGCGUAGGGCAAUAGAAUCGCAAAAGAUACAUGAGCGAAAGGGAGAAAAGGAAAAUCUCGUCCAAGCGAAAGGUAUUACAUACAGAGAGCCUCUCCCAACUGGAUGGAAACCUCCUUUACACGUAAGAAGAAUGUCUGAUAAGCAAAGAGACUUGAUCAGGAAGCAAUCUCAUAUUAUAGUGGACGGUGAAGACGUUCCUCCACCGGUUAAGAGUUUUAAGGACAUGAAGUUCCCUAAACCGGUCCUUGACAAGCUCAAGGAGAAGGGAAUAGUGAAACCGACUCCGAUUCAAGUUCAGGGUCUUCCUGUGGUUUUGUCCGGUAGAGACAUGAUUGGGAUUGCCUCUACCGGUUCGGGGAAGACGCUGGAUUUCGUCUUGCCUAUGAUAAUGAUUGCUUUGCAAGAGGAGAUGAUGAUGCCUCUUGGUCUAGGAGAAGGUCCUGUUGCGCUUGUUGUUUGUCCGUCUAGAGAGUUGGCUAGGCAGAUUUAUGAAGUUGUUGAGCAGUUUGUGGAUCCUUUGGUCGAGUCCGGUUAUCCUCCGGUUAGGUCGUUGCUGUGUACCGGUGGAGUUUACAUGAGGUCUCAGCUGGAGGCUGUGAAGAGAGGUGUGCAUAUCGUUGUUGCAACUCCGGGGAGGUUGAAGGAUGUUCUCUCCAAGAAGAAGAUGAGCUUAGAUGCUUGCAGGUACCUUACGCUGGACGAGGCAGAUAGAUUGGUUGAUUUGGGUUUUGAAGAUGACAUGAGGGGAGUCUUUGACCAUUUCAAGUCUCAGCGUCAGACACUUUUGUUCUCCGCAACGAUGCCUACAAAGAUUCAAGCGUUUGCCAUGAGUGCUCUGGAGGUUGAGUGUGUCAAGAAAGAUGCGAAGAAUGUCUACUUGCUCGAGUGCCUGCAGAAGACGUGUCCACCGGUUUUGAUAUUCUGUGAGAAGAAAGCGGAUGUUGAUGGUGUUCACGAACACUUGUUGAUGAGAGGAGUUGAAGUAGUGGCGAUCCAUGGAGGGAAAGAUCAAGAAGAGAGAGAGUACGCUAUCGAGUCGUUUAAAUCCGGGAGGAAAGACGUAUUGGUGGCGACUGAUGUGGCUUCAAAGGGUUUGGAUUUCACGGAGAUACAGCACGUGAUCAACUACGACAUGCCGGCGGAGAUUGAGAACUAUGUGCACAGGAUUGGACGGACAGGCCGGUGUGGUAAAACUGGGAUAGGGACCACGAUUAUAAAUUUUGAACAGAGCGAGACCACCACACUUCUUGAUCUGAAACACUUGUUGCAAGAAGCGGAACAGAGGAUCCCGCCUGUACUUGCUGAGCUGGAUGAUCCAAUGGAGGAUGAAGCAGAGGAAAUUGCGGAUGCAAGUGGUGUCAAGGGUUGUGCUAAUUGUGGCGGUCUCGGACAUCGUGUUGGAGCUUGUCCUAAACAGGAGCACGAGAAGAGUGUGGCCAUAUCUAAUUCUAUUAAAGACUAUUACGGCUCUGGUGGUUACAGUGGAGAGAUGUAA